AUGGAUACCAGUUUUUGCUUAGGAUCUUCAAAGAAGCUGACUGAGCAUCUGCUCGCUCGGCAUAACGCCAAUGCACCUCCGGAUGGUUUGUUGGAUGUGCACUACGAGUUAGAACUAGUACACAUACUGGGUAUAGACGAGCUGAAGCAGACGAUGACCGUACUCGUCUACGUCGACGAGAAAUGGCUAGAUCCAUCGUUAUCGUGGGAUCCAGCUCUUUUCGGCGGAGUCGAGAAAACGUGGCUGCCAAUUUCGGUCAUCUGGGUACCCGAUAUUAUCAUCUUCAAUAUGGUGCGCGCUUCCAGGUUGCAUCACGAAGAUCUGCUAUCGUCGAUCAGAGCCCCAGUGCUUAUCUACUCAAAUGGAACAGUGGAAGCAAGCCAUCCGGCCGUCUACACAGUUACGUGUGAGAUCAAUAUCAAACGUUUCCCACUGGAUGAUCAGCGGUGUGCCUUAGAGAUUGCCAGUUGGGCAUACGGUGAAGAUAAAAUCCGUCUACGGGCCCACACUGAGCACUCGCUACAACAUUACACGGACAACGAGGAAUGGCAUCUGCUGAAAGUUAAAGUAGACGAGGUCAAGUAUGAACACGAAGGCAUCAAUGUGUCGGAGGUACGGUAUGAUGUGUCAGUAAAACGUAAGCCUCUGUUCUACAUGGUCACACUGACAUUCCCCAGCUAUGUGAUGUGCGCAAUCUCAGUCGUUGGACUUUUCGCUCGAUUCUCGACCACAGGCGAGCGCGAGGAAAGAUUCACUCUCGGCGUUACAGCCAUACUCACGAUGGCUGUCCUCUCACUGGUUGUCAGCGAAAAGGUUCCACAUUCAUCAACUCACGUUCCCUUACUCGUGGCGUAUUUCCUCUUCAAUAUGGUCAUGGUGUCCUUAGCGGCUAUGACAACGGGUUUAGUCAUGCGAGUUCACCGCAUGGGUCGCUAUGGUAAGGAGCCGAAGGACUGGCUACUACGACUCUUCUGUCUGCAGCCGUUGAAAACAAAGGUUGGACCAUUUCGCUUUCACACCUCGAACUGCUGUUCUGAAUUCUUUACAACACAGGGUAUCUACACCGUCUGCUCGGAUUCCCCGUUCCAUUCGUCGUCCUGCCUCAAGGGCCUCAAUGGUGAACUGCGGGACUCUCAACCGAUAGCCGAACGUAUACCUGUCCUCGAGUCGUAUAUUCGGAAGUUGGUCCACGUAUGCGAAAAUAUUCAGGGUGAGAUUGAUGACAUUGACGUCGAUGAUCCGACGAUGAUCAGACGUCGUCGUGAGAUGAAUGGCUACGUACGACUAUCAGAACGGCUUGAUCUAUUUUUCAUGAGCUUCUUCCUCACGCUGGUCACCGUUCCUGUGAUUGCACUUUUUUAUCAAGCCUAA